AUGGAGACCUUCGGACCUUUCCUGGCAUUCAUCAGGCUCUGGGUUGAGUGCAUGAUAGUGCGACCUUGCAGCCAGGCUAUCGUGGCCUUGACCUUCAGCGUUUACGUGUUGAAACCGGUGUUUCCGGACUGUGCACCACCGGACGAUGCCACGAGGAUACUGGCAGCGUGCUGCAUCUGUGAGUCAAUCACCAUUAUUUCUUUUAAUAUUUUACAACAUCGAAAAAGAUAUUCUAAAACAAUUCAUACAAGUGAUUCACACAAGUAUCCAUUUUCUUUUUCUUUCUUUCUUUCUUUCUUUUUUUUUUCUCUCCUAAGAAUAUUAAAAGUCACUCUUACUUGUCGCGAAUUUUUAAUUUAGACGAUACAGACAGGAAUAAUUGUUUCGAGUGUCAGAAUGAAGAUUUUGUCAAUUGUUUAAGCAAGAUUCAAAGAAUGAGACUCGCAGAAUGGAUUUACUCAUAGACAAGUGCCAUCUCGCUAUAGAUCGAAAGAUGUCAAAAGAAUAGAGAAGCACAGAUUCACCCUGAAUUUGAUCGACUGAAAAUUCUCUUUUUAUCAAUAUCGAGGAGUAAAUGACAGAAUGCAGUUGCGGGGAACGUGUUGCAAGUAAUUGGGGCCAAUAUAUAUUAGAACAUCUUGAAAGAAGCUAAAUCCACAAGGAGGAAUUAGGUUUGUUUAUUCUCACGGAAAUUAAGCUGUCGGCCGAGCGUUCUCGUUUAAUCGAUGUGAUUCGUUCUAUCAGAGGACCCCCUUCAGAAUGCUUGUUGAUUGGACUGUCGGAUUUUUCUGGCCGUUCCAAGAACACCAUAGUAUUGUCCAUACGCAAUUGGAUGCUCGUUCCACUGUCAUUCACUAAUACCAGCCUCGAUUAAUCGAAUUAUUUUCUCCGCUCUGUCAGAGUUAUUCAUCUUUCUGACCAGAGUCAAGAACCGACUCCUUUUCACUGGACUAUACCGGUCCCGGGAUUAAUUUCAAUGGUUCAAUCGUCGAUUUGUCGUGGAACCUUGGACUUCGACGAUGCCGGACUAAUUCGUUCAUCACGCACGAUCCUUCGUCGCAGACUUCAUCGCAAUUGCCAUCAUGUUUGAAAGCAUGACUGCGUCAGAUCACGAGAAUUUAUCGUUUCCAAAGUUUCUUUCAGGCAAUUGGAUGUGUUUUUUUUUUUUUUUUUGUUCAUUUCAAGUUAGAGAGCUAUUUAUUUCUCCACGAAAGCUCAAAAUUAAGUGGGAAUAUUCGCCAGUCUGCGGACUUCGCUAA